AUGGGGUUGCGGUGCAAGGCCUUGUGGGUGGUCUGGCUACUGGCACCCCACUCUGUAGUGUGGCGGUGCAAGGCACUAUGGAUGGAACGAUUACUUGUAGACCAAGGGGUUGGAGGAGAUCAGAUGGAAAGGAGAAGGUACAAGGUUUGUGGGGGUAAAGGUGAAAGGUAUAAGUUGUGGUGGAAGGGGGAUGAUGGUACGGGAGGAGUUGGUGUGAUGGUAAGAGAAGAGUUGGUGGCGAAGGUGUUGGAAGUGAGGCGGAAAAGCAAUGGUGUAAUUGUGGUGGUGAUGGUGUUUGAAAAGAUAAUAGUGAGGGUAAUAUCAGGAUAUGCUCCGCAACAAAGUAGGAAGGAAGAGGAGAAGGAUAGGUUUUGUGAUGCUUCUGACGAGAUUGGGCAAGCGGGGUUGGAUGAGUUUGUGGCCAAAGCUCUUAAAAAUUUGCUUUCUGGCAACUCUGAAAGGACAGAUGCAAUUACGGUGCAUGAAACCGUGGCGGAACUCAUUUUCUCAAAUUAG